AUUGUGGAAAUAAUUCAAAAAGCUGCGAGAUGAUGGGUUCUUUCAAACUCUGCACUUGUAAUUUUGAUUACAUGUACAACCCUGGCACAGAUCAAUGCGAAAAAUGUGAUUGUGGACCUAAUUCAGAUAGUUGCACGAUGAUAAAUUCUCUGAAGUUUUGCACUUGUAUUUCUGGAUACACGUUCAAUCCUCGUAAAUUUAAUUGUGAAAAACUUCCAUGUGAUGGACUAUCAGCAUUAGAAUCAGUAAUGUAUUUCUCUCCAGUUGGUUUCGUCCUUGGUCUAAUUAAUUAUAGAUUCCUUAUCAAGCUUUUUUGCAAAAGAUGCCGUGAUAAAAAACGGGAUGAAGCUGAAACGAGGGUGAAUGAAAACGUCUGAUUUCAGGAAGUUUGGCACUAGAGUUGUGGA